AUGACAUUGCCUAAGAACAAAUCAACAGUAUCAGGGAACAAGAAGACAUUACCUAAGAAGAAAUUAACAGAAUCAGGGAACAAGAUGACAUUGCCUAAGAACAAAUUAACAGUAUCAGGGAACAAUAAGACAUUACCUAAGAACAAAUCAACAGUAUCAGGGAACAAGAUGACACUGCCUAAGAACAAAUUAACAGUAUCAGGGAACAAUAAGACAUCACAUAAGAAGAGAUUAACAGAAUCAGGGAACAAUAAGAGAUUACCUAAGAACAAAUCAACAGUAUCGGGGAAUAAUAAGACGUUAUCUAAGAACAAAUUAAUAGUAUUAGGGAAAAAUAAGACGUUACCUAAGAAUAAUUAA